CUCGUCUGUGCAGACAACGCUCAUGCUAUGCAGAGCGUCGAGACCGUGAUGCCCAUGCAAGUCCAUGCGAAGAUAACCCACCGAGCUGGAUAUGGCUCGCAAUCUCUGGCCGGUAGAGGACCCGCGGUUGCGCUACCGGCGGCAUCAAAGACGAGGAAUAUCCAAUUCGCCCAUCUACUCAGUGCCCGCCCCCCUGCAGAACGCGAAUAUAAAGAGCGGCACUGCUGCCAGACGAUGCCAACAGCCUCUCGCCUCGUUUCUCUGACGUUCGGACAACCCGUACAACCACAACACAACUGCGAUGAGCUUCUGCAAGGAUUGCGUUCGUGGCGUUCGAUGGGAGGGUACCCCUGAGGGGAAGAUUGAGAAGAUUAAUGGCGUCGACGCAUAUGUCGCUACGCCCGCGCAGGACUACCCGAAAGACAAGGUCCUUCUGCUCCUCACCGACAUCUUCGGCGUCCCGCUCGUCAACACUCAGCUCCUCGCCGAUGAUUAUGCCGCUAAUGGCUUCCGGACCGUUAUUCCCGACUACUUGAAUGGCGAUCCAGCACCCGCGAAUGCGAUGGCGCCCAACAGCGGCUGGAAUGUACAAAACUGGAUACCGAAUCACGGCCCCGAGCAGACGCGCCCGCCCCUUGACAAGGUCAUCGCCGGCCUGAAGGAGCAGGGCGUCACUACCUUCGGUGCCGUCGGCUACUGCCUUGGUGGCCGCUACGUCUUCGACCUCGCCUUCGACGGCGUCAUCAAGGCCGCCGCCGUCGCGCACCCCUCGCUUCUCAAAGUCCCCGAAGACAUUGAGAAGUACGCCCAGACGAACGUGCCGUUGCUCGUCGAGAGCUGCGAGACGGAUAUGAUGUUCCCGCCGGACCUCCAGGCGAAGACGGACGCGAUUCUGGGCGAUGGGAAGUUCGCGCCCGGCUACAGGCGUGACUAUUGGCCUGGGUGUACGCACGGCUUCGCGAACCGCGGCGACGGGAGCAUCCCGGCCGUAAAGGCGGGGAAGGAGGGCGCGUUCAAGGCUGUGGUGGAGUGGAUGGCGACCCAUCUGUAGAUUUGAAAAGCAGUGAAGGAUCUUAUUUACGAUGAUACGAACGAAUUUCCUGU